UAGUUUUUAAAAAACUGACCGCAAAAGCUAUCUGGUUCCCAGUGAAUUACAAUGUCAGCCAUGCUGAGUAGCCUUACCAAUUCUCGACUAGGUGCCUAUGUGCCACAGGUAGCCGUGUCUAGAUAUGGCUCCAAGCCGGUUUAUGUGCCAUGCGUGCCCUUCCGUAAGUGCACUUCGGCUGUCCCGGUACCGGUGAAGACGGUGCAAGAAGGUAAUUCUGUUCGGUUAAUGCCCGCCGCGGCUGCGCCGGCUGGUGCAGCUGCUGACCCUCAUUGGAAGCAGGCCUUUGCUGAGCUUGACAAGCCAAAGGCUGAGCGCAAGGUUAUGAUUGCACAGGUUGCCCCGGCUGUGCGAGUGGCUAUUUCUGAAAGCUUCGGUCUCGCGCCCGGCGCCACCACCCCAGGCCAGCUUGCCGAGUCGCUGCGCUGCCUUGGCUUCGAUAUGGUAUUCGAUACGCUCUAUGGCGCUGACCUGACGAUCAUGGAGGAGGGCACCGAGUUGCUCAGCAGGCUUCAGGCUCAACUGGAGGCUCACCCGCACAGCGAGGAGCCCCUGCCCAUGUUUACUAGCUGCUGCCCGGGAUGGAUUGCUCUCCUUGAGAAGUCCUACCCGGAGCUUAUUCCGUACGUGUCGUCGUGCAAGAGCCCCCAGAUGAUGCUUGGCGCCAUGGUGAAGACGUACUUGGCCGAGAAGAAGGGCAUCUCGCCCAGUGACAUCAGCAUGGUCUCCAUCAUGCCGUGCGUCCGCAAGCAAGGCGAGGCUGACCGCGACUGGUUUUGCUCGGGCGGCGCGGGAGUCCGUGACGUUGACCACGUGAUCACCACUGCCGAGCUGGGGAACAUCCUCAAGGAGCGCAACAUCAACCUGCCAGAGCUGCCUGAAGGUGGCUGGGACGAACCCCUGGGCAGCGGUUCGGGUGCCGGUGUCGUCUUCGGCACGACUGGCGGCGUCAUGGAGGCGGCCCUGCGCACUGCUUAUGAGUUGGUGACGCAGCAGCCGCUGCCCCGUCUCAAUCUAUCCGAGGUGCGCGGCAUGGACGGAAUCAAGGAAACAGAAAUCAAGAUGGUGCCGCCGCCUGGCUCCAAGUUUGCUGAGCUCGUCGCUGCGCGUGCGGCUGCCAAGGCUAUGGACGAGGCCGCGGCCAGCGCCGGCGCCAUUAAGUGGGAUGGUGGGUCCAACUUCACCGCGGAUGACGGAGCUAAGGGCAUUACGUUGCGAGUGGCGGUUGCCAACGGACUGGGGAACGCCAAGAAGCUGCUCACGAAGAUGCAGACCGGCGAGUGCAAGUACGAUUUUGUGGAAAUCAUGGCCUGCCCCUCCGGCUGCGUCGGUGGCGGCGGCCAGCCGCGCAGUACGGAUAAACAGGUGGCUGUAAAGAGGCAGCAAGCACUGUACGACCUGGACGAGCGGGCCACCAUCCGCAGGAGUCACGAGAACCCCGCCGUACAAAAGGCCUACGAGGACUUCCUCGGGGAGCCCAACAGCCACAAGGCCCACGACCUGCUGCACACGCACUACGUUCCGGGGGGCGUCGAUACCGAGUAAAUCGCUUCGGGCUUCUUGAGAGUUCGCGCUCUUCGCUGAUGGUACUAAGGGUUUGCAAGUCUUGCGUCUCUUAAGGAGGUGGAGGAGGAGGAGCAGGAGGAGGACGCAACCUGCGAGCAGGAGAAUUGUCUCUUAUUCGCUUGUGUCGGAUUCGCAGGCACAAGCAAGGGCCCAUGAUUACGGCAUCCUGCCGAUUACGGUUCGUUUGGGUUUUGCACGUGAUUUUGUGGAGCAUGAUCAAUAGAAAUAAUGGUAUGGCUUUUCCGGCGAUGAUGAUAUUGGCAACACGAGCUGGUCGGCUGUUUUCUGAGGCGCGAUUCCUGGUUGCAUGCGCUGUGCUAGCGGUGAUAGACCCCAUCGUUUUUUUUCUGUGAUUGGCGUCCUAACAGGAUUACUCCUUUAAGGUCUGUUGUUGGACGCGGGUGCUUUUUUCAACUCCGCAGACUUUCGAUUGCGUUGCUGCGGGUGUUCCGAAAGCUGGAUUGUCGCGGUUUUUGCCAAAAGUUUUGGGUUGGAUGCUGCUAAAGAGCAUAUGAUGUAUCCGGCCGGAAGCAGGGCGGGUUGCCAAGUCAGGCGCGUAGUGUCGCUCAUCACCGGCAAUAGCAUUUUUUGGUCUCCUUGAAAUGGGAUUCUUGGUCUGUUGGGGAUGACAUUAUGCUUUUUGGUUUACGCAAGCAAGAUCGGUCGGGGGAGCAUGCAUGCCCAGGUCACGUCGGAAUCACGCACGUUUUGAAGUAUGUUAAUCUGCAGAAGACGUUGUGAAUUAACCUGACGCAUUGCGGAGGAGCAUAUUGCUCUUUCCGUCACGGUGCCUUGUUGUAUGUAUGUUGUUACAGGGUGGU